UCACAACGCGGGUGACGCGCAGGCGGAGGACUUACAUAAAAACCCUCCGAGGACUUUUUUAACGUCGGAAAGUCACGUUUUUUGCGGUAAAUCGGUGUGGAGAUACACAAACAUCUGGAUUAUGAAAAGUUGUGAGAGUUACCCAACGUCUCGCGGGCGUUUGGAGCGACUAAAGUACACAAAGUAAGUUUUUUUUUUCGGCUCACAGGCGCACGAGACUCAACCGAGGACUAAAGGGGAUUUUACCGACUCUUUUUCAAACACUAUUUUGUGUUUUUUUUUGUUUUUUUCAAAGGAAGUGAGUAUUUGGAGCUGUGAACACAAAAAAGGAUAAAGCCACUUUUGUUUUUAUUUUUUUUGAACAACAUUGAAGUCACCAUGCUGACGAACACGGCGCUUUAUGCGGCGAAGAAACGGAAGAAGCCGGUGCAGAAAAUACCCAAACCACCGCCUCCCGAUGGCGCCAAGUCCAACCCGUCUAAACGCCACCGCGACCGGCUCAACGGCGAGCUGGACAAGCUCACCAGCCUGCUGCCCUUCACUGAGGAGGUCAGGGCUCGGCUGGACAAGCUGUCGGUGCUGCGCCUCAGCGUCGGAUACCUGAAGGUCAAGAGCUUCUUCAACGGUUGGUGAUGCUUCCUGAGGAAAUCCCAUCUCUAACACAUCUGUAUCUAUCUUUAUCUAAAGCAACACUGUGUGCAUACAGCUGUGUCUUUUACAUUUUUUACUCCAUAAUCCAAAAUAUUUCCACGCUGCUGAUUUAUUCCUGAACGGGGAGUGAAUAUACUCGUUUUUUGGGUUUUUUUUAUUGUCUCUUUGUCAUUAUCUGCCUGGCAUUGUUUGACGCGCCACAGAAAUUUCAAGAUAAAUGCAUAUUUUAGAUAUAAUUUGGAUCAAUGUUUUCGCUUUGCAUCGAUGAUUGGUGAUCACCGAGUUGAUUUAUCGCCACAGAUUGACGGAUCAUUCACCAUAGUUGUGACUGUUAUGCACCAAAUCUCCAAUGCGAGUUCCUUGUUUGUGAAAACUGAUUCUAAUGUUUGUGAUUUUGCAAAUUGCAGCUAAAUUUGUGCAACAUUUUGUUUUGAUUUCUCAAAAAGUAACGGGAGCGGAAAUUACUGUUGCAGAUUUGCCUGAGCGCCACAAAUAAAAAUAUCUAAAUGACGUUCACAUCUGUGUCUAAGUAGGACUCAGUGGUACUCCGUCUCUUUCAAUUCGAUCUGUUUUGAGCCGAAAAAAGCUGCUGUUUGAAGUCAAAGUGACUUUAUUCAUUACAGUGGGAAAGCAAAUAUUCAGAAAACACUAUGAAGUGUCUCGUUUCGGGUUUUUUGGACGGUUUUCCUCCAGCUGCGAUCGGAAGGAGGAUCAUAUCUAAUAUUUAAUAAAAGACAAAUACUGGCUCUGUGUAUCAGAUUGCAGGUGUGCAGUCUGGAUUUGAUUGUGCGGGAGACGAACAGCAGAAACUUUAAUCAGUUUCUUUGUGCCGUUACUCCUCCACUCAAACCUCCAGCUGAAGUUUUUCACUCCGCACUUCAGGGAUCUGCUCCGUGUCUGUUUGUGCUUCGGGGCAAAUUGCUUUUAAAGUGCAAUAAAUUCAUCCCCGCCUCGGUUUACACAAUCACACGGGCUCAGUUUUCCAGUUAAAGCUGUCCAUUGGUGGAUGAGAGAGUGAUUUAUUGCCUUUGUUUUGCCUCCCCGGUAGCAAAUUUUCUCAAAAAUACAUCAAAAUUUUGGCAGUUUUCCGCCUGAAGCAAGAAAUAAAAAAGAAAGUGAUGAAGUUUUGCAUUUCUAACUCAAUUCAUGAUGAUUUGUGACCAUUAAAUUGACUUUAAAUACCCUUUAUAGCCUUAAAUUUUUUAUUUAUUUAUUUUUUUAAUUUACACAACAAAAGUACAAAAGUUAAAACAGGUUGUGCAGGUGAAAUAAAACCCCCACAAAUGAUUCAAAAAAUAAAUCAAUAAAUAAACAAUGUAAAAAGUACUGAGGACAAAAGAA